UACAUUCAUUAUUACUUCCAAUUUGGCCCAACUCAAAAUGUCUAAUAUCCUGACAUACCAAGCUAACCGGCCCUGCGUCUCAACCAAUAGCCAAUAUAGUGUAACGACCCUGGGUUUAUAAGCGCGGAAAUUGACUCUGCUGAUUGAGCAUGUUUUUGCGGCACAGUCGAUAGCAGGCAGGACUUCGGGGUAGAAGGUCGCGGGUUCGAGACCUGCUCCCUGCUGUUUCAUAACAAUUCUGUAGGCUAAAUUUCCCAAGGAGGGCGACAGCAACUUCCAGAGAGGGUCAGGCUCUUGGGCUUUGCAGGUGGCCACUGGUUUGGGUGUCCUCGGCAGAACGUCACCGUAACCAAGUGGUCACAUAUCGUUUUCCGUUCCACUGCGCAAGAUGGGGUCGGUGAAGUUUUAUGAAGAUCAAGACAGACAUAAUGAACUUAGAUUUUGUUUUUGUUUUACUAUCUGAUUGGCCAAAUUUGUCAAGCAUUCAAAGGGCUUCCACAAUGCCCACAUGUAGCCUACAGUUCUUCUUCAUUCUCGCCUUCCGCCAGACUUACCUCUCUAGGCUGCUGUAGGCUACAUAUUCAUUUGGUUUGUCAUUCUAUAGUUUUUUUAUGGAUUUUUUUUGUCGUAAUUAAAUAUCAUUUAUUUAGAAUUGAUCAGAAUAAAUUGUCCAUGUAUUUUCAAAUUGAAAAAGAGAACAGCCCCUCUUUCUGGCCCUCCCUUCCCAACUCUCAGUGUGGGGGGGUCCGACAGUCGCCGAUCAACAUUGAUACUAACCAGCUGACCUUUGACCCCAGUCUCCGCAACCUCACCUUCAGUGACAUCACUAAUCCACACGGCAUCAAGUUCCUCACCAACAAUGGACACACAGUGAGCUGUGUGUUAGAGGGCCUGAUGGAGGUGAGAGGAGGGGGGCUCCCUCAUGGCUACACGGCCGUCAUGAUGCAUUUCCACUGGGGAGGUGACUCACUGUGCCACCCAGGCUCAGAGCACACAGUGGAUUCAGUCAGAUACCCCAUGGAGAUCCACCUUGUGACACUGAAGGAAGGCUUGACAAUGGAGCAGGCUAAGACUGACCCGGAGAGGAUAGCAGUGUUUGGAUUCUUCAUAGAUGUGACAGGCGACCAAUGGCAUGUGGAAUCCUGGAGGACUUUGACAUCAUAUCUGCUGAAUAUAACAGAGAAGGGUUCAUCAGUUGACAUAGUGCAGCCACUAUCCAUCAGUGAUCUGCUAGGAAGUGUGGACCUCACCAAGUUCUACCGCUACCAGGGUUCUCUGACCACCCCCACCUGCGAUGAAGUGGUGGUAUGGACCGUGUUCGAAGAGCCAAUCAAGUUGCGGAGAGAUCUAGUGGAGCGGUUUCCUAAAACCCUGAAGUACAGAAACAUCUACCGGCCAGUGCAGCGCCUCAACGGGCGCCCCGUCUACGCUUCCCCCGGGGUGUCAGUGUACCCACUGGGCCGCGUUAGCAGCGGCCAGACUUCCAGCAGAGGGGCUCUCUCGCCCGGCCUAUUACUACUGCUACUACUGGGCUGGGGGUGAGGCUGGACGCCCAGGGGAGGGGAGGUAUGCAGAAAUAAGGGGUGGAGGGAAAACAGGAGGAAAAAAAGAAGGUGGGGAAAAUAAGUGUUUGAUACUCAAGGGAGGUCAAUUUCAGCCGAAUUCUGUCAAU